GAGCUGCGGCGUGUGUUUGCCUCUUUCCGCCUCGGUCUGGAGCCGGUUCGCGGAGCCGAAUUCUGCGAUAAUCUGAUCUCAGCCUGCCUCUUUCUGCGUCUCAUCUGUCCAGCCAUUCUAUCGCCCUCUUUGUUUGGGCUGGUUCCUGCUUUUCCUGGUGACGCUCGCUGCCAGCGCAACCUCACGUUGUUGGCUAAGAGCCUACAGACGCUGGCCAACUUCACCACGUUUGGCGACAAACUUGUGAUUGUUGCUUUUAUACAGCCUCUUGAUCGUAUCUGA